CUUGACACUGGUGUGGAAAAGAUGGCUGCUUCGGCGGCAACAGCGAGUUCUUCCCCUGGUUUGUGUCCAAAUUAUGCCGUGAUUUGCUCUUUCCUGGAGCGUUACGGAGCGCUGCUGGACUUACCAGAGCUCACUUUUCCUCAGCUGGAGAGAUACUUGCUGGACACAUCCUCAGUCCCAAAGCUGCUGGUUGAUCUUCACGUCAAGUUGCUGAGGAAGAUUGGAAAGUCUGUGUCGGCAGACCGAUGGGAGAAGUAUUUAGUCAAGGCUUGCCAGGAGUUCAACACAAACUGGGCAUGGGAACUCGAACAAAAGGGAUACAAGGAGAUGACGCCGGAGAGCAAGACGGGGAUACUUAAGUAUUUGUGUGAGUGUCAGUUUGAUGAAAAUGUGAAGUUUAAAACGGCCAUCAAUGAUGAGGACCCGGAUAAAAUGCGCCUGCAGCCAAUCGGCCGGGACAAAGACGGGCUGAUGUAUUGGUUUCAGCUCGACCAGGACAACAAUGUGCGCGUCUACGUGGAGGAGCAGGACGACCUGGACGGCUCGUCCUGGAAGUGUAUCGUCAGGGAAAGAAAUGACCUGGCUGAGGUCGUCGCUCUGCUGAAGACACAAAUUGACCCCGAGCUGUUAAAAAAGGACCAAGAAAAGGAGAACAAGCCUGAUGGCGAAGAAGACAAAGAAAAAGCUGAAGCUGAUGCCAAAAAGACUGAAAAUCUGUCAGAUGAAGAAUUCAGAGACUCAAACAAAGUCGUCUCUCCGGUCUUACCAAAGGCAGAAAACGAUGAAAGCAUAACGCAGAACGACAAAGCUGACUCGGUGGACCCUGAGGCCAGAUCCUCACUAAAUGGAGUAGCUGAGGGUAAAUCAGAGGCAGAACUCCACUCAGAAAAGUCCAGCUCCAGUCCUCAGAAGACCAAGGAGGAGCCCAUGGAAGUCACCCAUCCCACAUCCUCUGACGUGUCCUGUGUGUCAGUGAAGGAGGAAAUAGAAGAAGAGCCCAAGAAGAACACUUCAGCAGAGAUCCAGCAGGCCUUGAAGAAUGACCAGCAGGCCAAAAUUCCCCUGAAAAAAAGGGGAAUGAAGUUUAACGAAGACUUUGACAAAAAUGGAGCCAUUAUGAAUCCAUACAUUUCUAAACCCAUGCAGGCGCUGAAAGCUGAGCUGACCCAUCAGCAGACCCAUGAGCAGACGCACAAAGGAAAUGAUCAGGUUAAUGGAGAGGUUCAGCUUCCAACAGAGAAACUAAAAGAAGCAGCCAUUUACAAGGAGCCGACAACAAAAGCAGAAAAGCCCGUAGAGGACAGGGAAAACAACACUCCAGCCUCAGAGCAAGCCUCCAAAGAUAAAACCCAAGGCUCUCCCAGUCCCCAAGACCCGGGUAAGAUGAUGAGAGAUGAUGUGCAGGAAGAAAAGGAAACUCAAAAGAAGGAGGUCCACGUGUCCCCCCCGCCGUCGCCUUCAGAUAAAGAUGGAAACAAUGUAGUGGAAGAGUCCUCCACCCCAGAGGAGCAGCAGAAAAGAGGAGCAUCCCAACCAGCAGAUGGAGAAGAUGCCUGUAAGAGGAACGCAGUAAAGGCUGGUGAAGUGUUAACAAAGUCAGACAACAAAGAGCUGAAUACUGAAGUUGAACCCAAAGAGACCCAGUCAAAACCUUCAGAAGAAGUCCCCGACCGCGUGGACAUGGAUACACCCCAGUCAGUCCAGCAUACAGAAUCAGAGACUCCAGAAGGUGUAAAAGAGGAGCAGAAAGAAGCAGAGACCUCUGAGUCUCAUUGUGAGGAACCAGUCCACUCUGCUGUGAAAGAGGAGGCAGAGCCUCAGCCUGUAGACAAAGACGGGGACUCCAAAGCCUCUGCACCACCCUGUGCCCUAAAGGAAGAGGAGCAGAGCAUAGAACAGCCCCAUGUUACAGAGAAGGACAAAUCCGAAUUAUGUCAAUCCAGUGGGGAGAGCAAAAACGUUGAAGAGAUGGGUUUGGAGGAAGGAGGUGAAGGAAAGCCAGAAAAAAAACAAGGCACAAAGGAAACUCUCAACUGUGAAGACCACACUAGACACGAUGCAUCAGAGGUCAGCGACCCUGUGUCCAGGCCCGCAGCAGAGAGCAUGUCCGCUGGUGAGGUGGAUGUGACAAAGCCACAGGAGGAGGACACCAGCAGAACGGCAGGGGGGGACUGCGGAGGGAGAGAUCAAACUCCCAGUGCCAUGGACCAGACCGGCCUCCCCGAAGAUGCUGACAAAAAGCCCGACACACAAGACAAAGAGGAUGGGGAACUGUGUGAGGGAGAGCCUAAAACACAACAAUCAAAGAGCACUGAGGACACACAGAGCACAGAGGGGAAAAAAAGCAGUGAAACAGAAGAGGACAAGCAGCUCCAGACAGCAAACAACGUAUCAGAACUGGAGAAAACUAGCAGGGAAGACUCCCCGAAAGGAGCUGAGAAACACCAGACCACAGGAGCUGCCACUGAUGAGUCCAAAGAAGAGGACUGUAAAGGCAGAAGUGAAGAGGUGGCCAACGGUGGAGAAGCUCCUUCACAAGAGGGCCGGCGCCGGAGGAAAAGGCCUCCAGCACAUCGGAGGAGAGCCCAGCUUCAGAGAGAGAGCGGGCAGGGAGACUCCGAGUCCGACACCAACACCUCCCGGUCACUGCGGAGGUCGCCCAGGAUCUCCAGACCCACUCCCAAGGCUGUAGAAAUCCAGGACAAGAAGGUAGAGAAGUCCCAGCCCGCCCCACCGCCUCAGAAAGGCCCGGAAGAGAAGAGCGAAAAAGACGAAGAGGAAGAGGAAGAUGAGGAGGAGGUGAAGGCAGUUCAAAGAAAACCCAGAGAGAAGAAGCCAGAACAGGAGGGGCAGCCCAAACCCAAGGUAGGCUACCGGUGUGAGGCCGUGCCUCCCUCGGCAGAGCGGGGGUCUCAGGGGGUCUGCUCUGUUCUGCAGGGGAGGAGGAGGCGGAAGGCCCGCUGGUCCAACACCAGAACACGCCGGAAAAAGAAAGGCUCCGAGGGGGAGGAGGACAACACUGAGGAAGAGUCCUCUGACGAGGAGGAGACGGAGGAGGAGGACGACAGCGACGAGGACUACAAGGUUGAGCGGAGCAGGAGGAGGCGGGGCCGGAACAGGGCGCGGCGCAGCUCCGCCUCCUCCACCUCCUCAGACGAUGACCUGCCUCCCAACGACGACCCCUGCAAACACUGCGGUCUUCCCAACCACCCCGAGCUGAAGCAGCUCUGCGACAAACUGGAGGAGCAGCUCCAAAACCUCGAUGCUGCCUUAAAAAAGAAGGAGCGUGCUGAGAGGAGGAAAGAACGUCUGAUUUAUGUGGGAAUCAGUCUGGAGAACAUCAUCACCCCGGCUGUGGAGGUGGAAGAAAAAAAGCCGGAGAUCAUCGUGAAAGAGAAGAAGGAAGUGAAGCGCAGUAAGAGCUGGGGGCGGAGAUCCACCCGGACAAAGAAAAACAUCAGUUACAGAUUUGAUGAAUUCGACGAGGCUAUUGAAGAGGCCAUAGAGGAAGACAUCAAGGAAGCAGAAGGUGGUGGGGCUGGCCGUGGCAAAGACAUGGCCAACAUCACCGGCCACCGAGGGAAGGACAUCUCCACCAUCCUCCAGGCAGAAGAGGGCCAGGAGAACGGCGUGCUGCCCCGGCCCAGCGCCGGCCAGCGCAGGAAGAAGCGCCGGCGGCUCAACGACCUGGACAGCGACAGCACGGAGGACUUUGUGGCCUCGGACAAUGAGUCUGAGGCCGAGACGGAGGCCGAGUCCGGCAGCAACGCCAGCGGCAAACGCCAGACCUCCUCCUGGACCCGGAGGCCCCCCAAGCAAAGGAGGAGCUCCAGAAAGCGCCGGAGACCACGAGGGUACUCGGACGAGGAGGAGACGGAUGAGGAGGACGAGGAGGAUGAAAUCGUGACGGAGGGCUCCAGUGAGUUCAGCGACAGCGACCUGGACAUGAGCCGGCGGCGCUCGCGGCGGAGCCUCAGGCAGAAGGUCAACUACUGCGAGACGUCCGAGUCGGAGGGCUCUCACGCUGGAAGCAACCGGCCCAAAAUAAAAGCCAGGCCGCGGCUGGACAGCUCAGAGAGCGACGCCAGCUUCUCCAGAGACUCUGAGGAGGAGUCCGGCCGGCGGAGGAGGCCGGCCGACUCCUCGGAGGAGGACUCGCGGCGCCGGCGGCUGGUGCUGAAGCGCCGGCGGGCGUCUGAGGAGGACCGCUCCGAGGACUCGGACGACUCCUCAGAGGAGGACCGGCCCAUCCGUAAGCGGGUCAACCGCAUAGACUCGGACGAUGAGGAGGAGGAGGAGCUGGAGGAGAAGCCCAGAGCCCCGGAGGAGUCAAAGGGAACGCCCGCUAACGGGCCCGCUAACACAGCCAAGAGCCCCCCGGGCACGGCCAGCCCGCCCCCCGCCCCCGCCCCCGCUGGCAGCCCGCGCCCGGAGCCCCCCAAAAACAUCAGCUCCACCCCGGCUGCUGCCCCCGCCCCCAACGGCCUGGGGGGGCCGGACACGGCGGGGGCGGAGGAGGAGGAGGACGACCUGCUGGGGGUCACAGACCUGGUGGACUACGUCUGCAGUAAUGAAGAGCUCCAACACGUCCUGGGGCUGAAUGUGUUGGCUGCAGCUGGACGCUCACCAACAGUACAGAGGUCCUCUGACCCCCCCGUCCCUGUGGGACCCGUCUCAGAGAGCUGCCCCCCCACCUCCCGCUUCCCCUGCUGCUCCCGGUGGACCCUGAAUCCUGUUUCAUAUGCUAAGCCUUCACCCCCCCCCGCCCCCGCCCAAACGCUGACGCUCACUCUGUCGCAGUGCAGCGCUGUCCUGAUCAAGAUGAUGAAAAUGAACUUGCGAGCGUGCACCGGCCGGUUCCAGGCCCGGGGCCGGGCCCAGCAGGACCGGCCUGUAGGAGGACCGGCCUGUAGGAGGCUGUCUAACACCCCUGCAUCAGAUUUUAAGAGAGGAAAUGAAGUCUGA